AUCACUGACCGGAGGACGGGGCCGUAAAGGAGUCCGACUCGGCUUUACACACCGUACAGCUCCGAACCUGCGGCGCUGUCAGCGGUUCACCUGACGAAGCUGCACCGAGCACAACAACUCGAACGACACCGGGAGUAAUCGAGGCUUUUAACAGAGGAGAGGUUUGGGCUGAAGUCGUUCCCGGACUGAAGGUUGGACAGUUUCUGAAGGACCGAACUGGUCUGUGUUUUCAUCACCACCCCGUAGAGGAUGAAGGCAGUGGGGCUGGUGAUUCUGCUGCUGGCCGGCUGCUCCUGGGCCUCGCGUUUCAGCCGGGACUCCACCCAAGUGAGCCUCGGCGACACUGCCAAUCAGGAGGUUGAGGCUGCGGGAUGGAACACCUCCGAAGCCGAGCGGCCUGUGAUGCGGAGUCCUCCCCGCGGCCCAUUCCUACCUAUGUGCACCAAACCCACCGAGAUCAAAGAAGCCUUCAAGUAUGUCAACACGGUCAUAUCGUGCUUGAUUUUCGUGGUGGGCAUCAUUGGAAACUCAACAUUGUUACGCAUCAUCUACAAGAACAAGUGCAUGAGGAACGGGCCCAACGUGCUGAUUGGCAGUUUGGCUUUGGGUGACCUGCUCUACAUCCUCGUCGCCAUCCCCAUCAACGUGUUUAAGCUGCUGGCAGAAGACUGGCCAUUUGGUGUGCACAUCUGCAAACUCAUGCCAUUCGUCCAGAAGGCCUCAGUGGGAAUCACAGUUCUUAGCUUGUGUGCUCUCAGUAUCGACAGAUAUCAUGCUGUGACCUCCUGGAGUCGAGUGAAGGGGAUGGGGAUUCCAUUAUGGAAGGUUCUGGAAGUAACACUCAUCUGGCUGGUGUCCGUAGUGCUGGCAGUGCCUGAGGCUUUGGCCUUCGACAUGUUGGAGGUUACUUACAGAGGCAGGAAGCUGCGGGUGUGCCUGCUACAUCCUCAACAGAGCACGCCAUUCAUGCAGUUUUAUCAGGACGUGAAGGAUUGGUGGCUGUUCGGCUUUUACUUCUGCCUGCCGUUGGCCUGCACUGGCGUCUUCUACACCCUCAUGUCGUGUGAAAUGCUGAACCGGAAGAAAGGGAUGCGCAUCGCCCUCAACGAUCAUAUGAAGCAGCGGAGGGAAGUGGCGAAAACGGUCUUCUGCCUGGUGGUGAUCUUCGCUCUCUGCUGGCUGCCUCUGCACCUCAGCCGUAUUCUGAAAAAGACCGUCUACGAUCCCAGUGACCCCAACCGCUGUGAGCUCCUCAGCUUCCUGCUGGUGAUGGAUUACAUUGGCAUCAACAUGGCCUCCCUCAACUCCUGCAUCAACCCUGUGGCGCUGUACUUCAUCAGCCAGAAGUUCAAAAACUGUUUCAAGUCUUGCCUUUGCUGCUGGUGCCAGAGGAAUAUCACUCCGAUUGAUGAGCGGGGUUCAGGGAUACGCUGGAAGGGCUCGUGUCAUGGGAACGGGCUGGACCGGUCCAGCUCACGUUCCAGUCAGAAAUACAGCUCAUCUUAAAACCACAUGCAUCAGCAUAAGCUCCGGGGGCGAGUAGCUCCGUCAACAACACAGUGACAUGUCCAAGCCUUACCCUCACUGCAGUGGGGUACAUCGCAAUCUAGAGUUCCAACCGAUUCUCCUCAGUCCCGAGGAGUCACUUCACCAGGAUGUCAGAACUGAGAGAUGUCACUCAGUCUUUGCCAUAAAAGGAGUUUUCCAGCCACAAUCGCCAGUCAGUCCGCAGAAAUCACACAAACUGGCUUCGCAGAGUCACUUCAGGCCCACGCAGACGACACCGGCUGGAUACCGGAAGUCUAAACGUGGAACCGCUGCUGAGUGACUCGGGUCUAGGAGUCUCUUACCAGAUACACAGGAAAAGACUGAAAUGCUGAGACUGUACUGGAGGGGGCGUAAUGCUUAACGCACUGCUGGCCUCCAUCAUCAAACCAAAGGACAGGCCGUAAAACAAAAAGGGGUCUUGCUGGUGGAGCAUUACUGAAAGCUGAGUCUCUGUGCAUAGCGAGACUCUUUUACCUGUGUACUUACACCGUUACUGAACUACCACUGCCAUUACACGUUGUUAUAACAACACUAGAUCAGAAGGAAAGCACUGUGCACCACAGGUUACACUUGUACAUGUGUGACUGCACUGCAGUGCAACAAUUGAAGCCAUUUUGAGGAGUCAUGCAAUAGCAGCAGAUUCAGUGUAAUGAAUGAAGGUUGUCUGUAGAUCAGCUGACAUCAUUUGCAUCACAUCAUCUCACCUAAACAUCAUUCUGAUUGACACCAUUGAGAUUCCCCUCAAAAUCGCUGUGGAAUUCUUUAGUGUUUCUGGGCUAAAAACUUGCUGUAAUAGUGCAGUGCUGGUUCUGACCGAACCAGUUUGAGCUGUUCAGUCGUAACAAACCUCAAAAUUUAGAAGGUUCUCUAAACAAUGAAGCAUCUCUACUGUGGUGAUAAACAACAAAGUUAGAAUGAAAUUUAGAUCAGAUUCUGAUUGAAUUUUGCCUCUGAGUGAAUCAUUAUGGCUUCGUUAAGACUCAGAAAACUAGACUGACCUGUCCGUCCAUCAUUCUGUGUAAGCUGUGUGAAGAUAGGUCCCAUUUAUGUAUAUGUUCAUUACCCAUAUGCACGUUUAUAUUUUGAGUUAUGUGUUCUUAGUCACUGAAUUAAAGUGAUAUUUUAAACAGAUGCACUGUUAUUAACUUUAGGGGCUUUCGACUCGACCCCUAAAUGUUACAGUUGUGAAUCUCUGCCUGCUUUUCGUCUGAAACUUAAAGGGAAAUUUUACCUCAAAAACAUUUUCAUAUUUGACUUCGCUGACUUUGUUGCUGUGCUGAGAGGGAGUUCUGGGCUGGUAAAGGAUGAGAUGAGAAAAAGCUUCAUGCCUGGUUUUGUUUGGUCAAACUUCUCUAAACGUUCUCUGUCCAUUUCGAAACCCGAGGACAGGCGGUCUGUGUCGUGCGCAGUGUGUGGUGGUUCAAAUCGCUUUUUACCUCAAUCAUUUUUAGAAUUCAAGGUGAAUAUGAUUUUGUUUUUCAGGUGAAAUUUACCUGUAAAAUUGUGAAACUGGUCUUAAAGCUUUGUGAGGAGUAAAAAUAUUUUUCUAUUAUUACAUUUUUAUGAAUGGGUUCUCUCAGUUUUGGACUGCCUAUUACAUAAAGUCCAAAUACUGUGUUAAAAUAUUUUCAUGUAUAGAGAACUGAUUUACUUACAAUCUUACAAACUCGUAUGUUUAUUCCUUCUUACACUGUUAUUUUUACUAUUAACAAUGCUUUUAUACUGUACCUACUUAUUGUCAAAUAAGCUGCAAUAAAUGCUAUUUUAUCACA